AUGAGGGGACUGGGAGCGGCAGUGGUAGUGUUGAAGUUGGUUAAGGGGACUGGGAGCGGCAGUGGUACGUGUUGCAGUUGGUUGAGGGGACUGGGAGCGGCAGUGCUUGAGGGGAGUGGGAGGGAGAGGGAAGAUGUCAGGGUUGGAUUGGCGGAAGUGUACUGUACUAAAUCUUCUGGCAAUUGCAAUGGAUGUUGGUAUGAUCGCAAUAAGCGCACUGGUAACCUGAGGUCUUACAAGUGCGAACCUACGCCAUGUAACGACCAAUGUAGAGGCAACGGGAAUACAUGUCAAUGUGAGUGUAAAUGUUGUUUACAUAAACGUGAAGAGGAAAGUAAACGCCUUGCCGCCGCCUCCCUUCAUUCCACCAGUCAACAUUCUCUCCCUGAUUCCUCCGAAGCUCAGCAACAAGCCGCCAAACAAGAGCAUCAAUCUCCUCCCGAAGCUCUCAAGCUAGAAAACAAAGCUCCACCUUUCCGCCCUGACCCCAAAGCCAUCGCCGCCGUCAUCGUUGCCCUCAUCGUCGCCAUCAUCCUGCUCGACCUGUGCAUCUUCCGCUUUCCGGUGGGCCGCAACAUCCGCGAUUUCCUCGUACGCAAGAUACCCUUCUGCAUCGCGUUCUACAGCUGA